GCGGCGGCGGCGGGAGCUACGGAGAGCGAGGAGCCGCGCAGGCAGGCGGAGGCUGAGGGUGCCGCUGGCCGGCCCGCCCAGCUCUCUCCGCGCGGCUCCGCCGGGGUUCCAAGAGGAGCCAGUAGGCUCGUUGGGGGCCCCGGCACGGAUAUGCAUAGCGCUCGGCUUGACAGCUUCCUCAGCCAGCUCCGCUGGGAACUGUUGUGUGGUCGGGACACAGGCUCACCCCCAAUGCCUGGUCCCCUGCAGCCAACUCCCCAAACUGGCCCAGAUGUGCAGCCCAGCCAGCAGCUUAGGGCCUCGGGUGCCUUGGAAGAGGACUCAGUCUGCUGUGUGGAGGAGGAAGAGGAGGAGGAGGAAGCAGUGGUGACAGAAGACAGGGAUGCAGCCUUGGGAGGCCCCAGGGAGCAUGCCCUGGACUGGGACUCUGGCUUCUCGGAGGUGUCAGGCAGCACGUGGCGAGAGGAAGAACUGCCUGUAUCCCAGCGCCCAGCACCCUCAGCACAGCCCCUUCGUAGGCAGCGCCUCUCAGUCAGUGGCCUCCCCAUGCCCAGCAGGGCCCCUGUAGCCAGUGUACCACCUGUCCACCGUCCACGGCCCAAGUCCACCCCAGACGCCUGCCUGGAGCACUGGCAGGGACUGGAAGCAGAGGACUGGACAGCAGCCCUGCUGAACAGGGGUCGCAGUCGCCAGCCCCUGGUACUAGGGGACAAUUGCUUUGCUGACUUGGUGCACAACUGGAUGGAGCUGCCUGAGACAGGGAGUGAAGGGGGUGACGGAGGUGGGCACCGUGCCCGUGCUCGGCCCCCUCAGUUCCUGCUUGGCCUCUCCGAGCAGUUUCGGCGCCGGCUGGCCAGGGCUCGGCGGACAGCUAUGGCAGGAAAGCGGCUGUCAUGCCCACCUCGCCCAGAACCUGAACUGCCUGCAGAUGUCUCACGCUUCGCAGCCCUCAUGAGCUGCCGUAGCCGCCAGCCCAUCAUCUGCAAUGAUGUCAGCUACCUCUGACCCUGCCCUCCGGCCUGGGACAAUAAAAGUCUUUUUUCUAGAC